AUGACUUCUUUGGCUGUCUUACCCGCUUUGACCAGGACUGCAACCGAUCUUAUGGACGAGGAGCUUUAUCAAUCCCCGGCAAGCCCGGCUUUCGAGCUGCGGCCUGCAGCUGCUUCUCCUGCCAUGAAUGGAAACACGACGUCCACGAUUCUCUCCAACUUGCUUAAUAUCCCUGAUUCAUUUGUCGAACACUACAAUAGAGUGAAUGGCUCGAAUACUGCUUUAAACAGCAGUGUACCGCCACUAUAUUUGGACAACUCGAAUGAUUACAGCACAUACAACGGAGACUCUUCUGCUACCAAGAUCAACCCCUUUAAUGCAUAUGCCAACCCUGAGCUUCAGCUACAGCAGCAACAACAGCAGCAACAGCAACAGCAACAGAAUCCCGCAUAUAUCCAACCAGACCAGUUACGAACUAAUAUGCCCUUUACUAGACGGGGGCGUAUAACUACUCUUGACCAACCUGAAACUGGAAAGCAAUCAAAGGACGACGACUAUUACUUAUUUAACACUGAUAUCCAGCCCUCGCAGUUAAUGACAAACAGAAACUACUUCAACACAGAGGACUACCUAGAUAACUCCAUGUUCAUCACAAACGGUGAUUUGGACACGCCUAAGAAUGGCCAGGGCCUUCCGAGCGUUCCUGUUGUUGGAUUUGAAAACGAUUAUUUUGGAGUGGAUGACUUCUUCGAGGAUGCCGAAGACUUGAGUGAUGACUCUGAUGAUGACAACUACUUCCAAGAUGAAAAUGAUGAGUUUGAUGAUUACAACAUGAAUAAUGGUUUUGACUUCCAAGUUCCAUCGACUGAGAAGUUUAUGCCAUUAAACUUGCCUUCUAUCGAGAAUCAUGACUUCAUGGAUGAGGGUGCGAAGCCAGAGCUUGCGGAUGAAAUGGAUGUUCCACAUGCUGACACUAGCUCUCCAGUUGACAAUGAAAUGGAGGUGGUGAUGGAAGAGGCGGAGGUAUCGCCUGCUUCCAUGAACGUCCAGCCAGUGCUGCGUAUAACACCUGACUACCAUAGAAGUGCAGCUGAGAUCACGGCCACCAAUCCGAACCACCAAUGCGACUUGAUAAAUCCAUCCAGCGGUCAACCUUGUAACAAGCAGUUUAGUCGGCCUUAUGACUUGAUCAGACACCAGGAGACGAUACAUGCAUCAAAGAAGAGGAUUUUCCGUUGUGUGAUUUGUGAAGGCAGAUACAACGGUGGAACAGGAAACGGUAAGCAAAAGACGUUUUCUAGAGGAGACGCUUUGUCGCGCCAUAUCAAGGUCAAGCAUGGUCUCAGUGGCCAGGAGGCUGUUGAUUUGAUCAAUGAAGCCAAGGAGAAUGUGGAGUUUGUUUCGAUCUAA